GUCACCUGGCUGAAGAUGGGGAAGAAGCUCAGAGGAUUCACUCACUUUUUUAGGAGGAGGAAGAGGGUUCAGCCUGCAUCAGUGAAUGACUACGUGCAAGACGCACCAGAGCAGGAAGAGGUCAUCCCCCUACAACUGGACCACAUCCAUGAGGAAAAAACUAAGCCAGUAAUGCAGCUGGCAGUGAUGUGUCAGGACAUCUCUGAGCUCCUUCAGGUCCAGUCUGGGUCAAAUAUCAACAUCUCAGUGAAUGGAGAUUGUUGCUCAGAGUGCACUGACUCAAACUCAGAGCAACAAAACCAGAAGCAAGGCGGCAUUUGCCUCGUUCAGUUAUCUGUAUCCCAGCAGUUUCCAGAACCACCAGAGAAUCUGAACCAGAACCUUCAUGAGCACCUGCAGAACAUCCAGAGCGCUGUGCUCAACGAGCUCACGAGGCUGAGUCCUGUGUUGGAUGAGCGUCUGAUGGUUCAUCUGAUCAACUGCUACCAUCGACAGACAUUUAACCAGAUGCAUCGUCUGCUCCAGAACAUCAGCUCCACCCAAAACCACUUUGUGCUGAUGAUGUGGGUCCUGAAAACCUACCUGAGUCAGGAGCUGCUCGGACACCCUGACCUUCAAAAAGUAGAUCCCAUCAAAAGCAUAGACCUGCUGCUGUUUACAGAGUGGGAAGCGAAGGCCAGAGACAAACUGCUUCAGAGCGUGCAUGAAGAAGUCGCCGAGUCUCUGGAGAACAUCCUGCUCAAUGAGAAAACCCAUGAACAAUGCAACAGUGAGGAGGAUUAUGUCAGAGUCUUCGUGGACACCAUUCAGUGCAUCAAAGCUGUGCACAGAGCAGCACAACAAAUCAGCUCAAAGCUGUCUGAUGAUGUUCAGAACGUUUGUUUUCAGCAGCUGCAGGAUUUUGUAAAGAGGUACUCAGACGAGCAGACUGAGGGUCUUGGAAAGAAAGCAGCAAUGCCAGAACCAGAAACAAUUCAAUUCUUAAAGACUCUGAAAACCUGUAAAGAACUCAAACAACACGUUCAAGUUGAAGCUGCUGGAGCUUCGUAUUCAGGGGAAAUUGUUCAAACACUGGACAAGCUGGAGGUUUUCACUCUGAACCUGCUCCUGGACAUCUUUGAUAAAAUGGCAGAGGCUAACCUCAGCACGUACUUCAAAUCAGACAGCAAGUGUUUCUCCUUGCUUCCUGCAGUACAGAAACGGUUUCCAAAGCAGUGCUAUGGUGCAGAUGAACAGAAGAGGGUUUUGAACAAGGCCUACAAGCUCAUAGUUCAGAUUUAUGUCAAACAUCUGAUCAAGACCAACAAGCGUCAACUGGAGAGUUGUUGGAAUCCUGACGUCAGCAAAACCAUCGGUGAAGAUGCUCAUGGAAUUCACAGCAUCAUGUCAGAGCUGGUGAGAUCAGCAUGGAGAUGCCUCGUUUCCCACUUUUACCUGCACACGCUUCUGACCUGCAUGUUCUGCCUCAGGCCCCUGAUGUUCCACAGCAGAACCGACUACUGCUGA